AUGUACGCUAUCACAGUCGGGUUAUUUGUCGUCAUAUACUUCCUGGUAAUACCAAUCGCGAAGUAUUUCUACGAUCCCAAAGGGCUACGAAGAUAUCCAAAUUUCUACGCAUUAUCAGGAAUAUCCGAUCUUCCUUUUCUCUACGAAGCACAACGGGGAUUUCGCUCCCGUAACCUCUUCGAAGCCCACAAGAAACACCCGGUCCUCCGCAUCGGGCCAAACGCCCUUUCCUACUCGGAUCCAAGCGCGAUAAAGGACAUCUAUGGCCACGGCACAAACUGUGUCAAAGAUCGCUUCUAUUCCGAGACUGGAGGCACACAUGCACAUCUUGCGGAUGUCGUUGAUAAGAAAGAUCAUGCUCGCAAGAGAAAGGUUUUAUCCAGUGCCUAUGCGGUGAAGAACCUGGAAGAAUGGGAGUUCAAGGUCGCCAAUGUUGCUAGUAAGGUGAUCAAGGCCUUUGAUAAGCGCUGCACGGAUCCUCUUCUAUCUGAUACCACACCAUCGAAGGAGGACUUGACCGUUGAUUAUCGCAACUGGACGGUCCUUUUCGCCGCGGCCGCGAUCGCGAAUAUCGGACUUAGCGAGGAUCUCGGAUUCCUAGAUGAGGGAUUAGAUGUGGUCAAGUCUGAAAGCAAAGAUGGGGUUGUGAAAGAGGUUUCUUUCCGCGAGUGCCAUGGUGCUACGGGCACCGUGUCUUAUCAACUUGUCUGGUCGUAUGAUUGGUUCAAGACAUUCAAGCGCAUGAGCAAAAUCUUCUCAUCUGGAUAUCGAAAGAUGUGGAAGUUGGAUGGGGACUGGGGUGGCAUUGUCUAUCAUCGUGCAACUACUCGGUUAAAUCGGUAUUUGGCUGGGGAAAAACUGGAUGAUUUCUUCACUGCAAUGAUGGAGGAUAAGAAUGGAGACCCGCAUAAUCUCGAAUGGGGUGAAAUCGUGGCGGAGAUCAACAUUAUGAUGAAUGCAGGCCACGAUACCACCGCCAUCUCCUUGCGGAAUUCCAUGUUCUUCUUGCUGAAGAACCCAAAAUGCCUUGAAAAAUUGCGAGGUGAGCUUGAUGGGGUUCUCGACGAGGAUGAGGUUGUUGCAUCGUACUCGAAGGUGAAACACCUUCCUUACCUCCGUGCCUGCAUAGAUGAGAGCCUUCGAAUGCUUCCGCCGGUGAUAUUCGGUUUACCACGUCGAACCCCGAUGGAGGGAACGGCUAUUUUGGGCGAUUUUGUGGCCGGAGAUACUUCGGUGAGUAUGUCGGCCUAUGUUGUACAUCACCAAGAGUCGAUUUUCGAGGAUCAUGAUACAUAUAAGCCGGAGCGGUGGUUGGGAGAAGAGGGCAAAUCGUUGCAGCCAUAUUUUAUUCCAUUCAGUACUGGCGCACGAGGAUGUAUUGGUCGGAAUAUCAGUUACUUGGAACAGACGGUUUUGGUUGCCUCUUUGAUCCAUCGCUUUGAUUUUGCCUUGCCAUCGCCUGAUUGGAAUCCGCCUGUAAGGGAGACGACCAAUUUGAGCCCCGGACCGAUGCCAAUCAAAGUAUGGAAGAGGGUAUUUAGGUGA